CCGCGCCGGGGGAGGGGCUGCGGCCGCCCUGCCUCCUCGUCGGCUCUCGGAGAGGAUCGGGGCCGGGAGUACAGCGCAGCGCAGCGCAGCGCAGCAGGAGCCAAGCAGCGCGCGGAGCGGGCCAUGGGCAAGUCAGCUUCCAAGCAGUUUAAUAACGAGGUCCUGAAGGCCCACAACGAGUACCGGCAGCAGCAUGGGGUCCCCCCGCUGAAGCUCUGCAAGAAGCUCAACCAGGAAGCUCAGCAGUAUUCAGAGGCCCUGGCCAGCACAAGGAUCCUUAAGCACAGCCCGGAGUCCAGUCGUGGCCAGUGCGGGGAGAACCUGGCGUGGGCAUCCUACGAUCAGACAGGAAAGGAAGUGGCUGAUAGAUGGUACAGUGAAAUCAAGAACUACAACUUCCAGCAGCCUGGUUUCACCUCCGGGACAGGACACUUCACAGCCAUGGUGUGGAAGAAUACAAAGAAGAUGGGAGUGGGGAAGGCAUCUGCAAGUGACGGGUCCUCCUUCGUGGUGGCCAGAUACUUCCCAGCGGGGAAUGUUGUCAACCAGGGCUUCUUUGAAGAAAAUGUCCUGCCUCCAAAAAAGUAAUUUGUCCAAUGUAAUGGGAAGGUGGCAGACUUAAGAACGUGGCUAUGAAGUGCCUAGAACAACAAAAACUCAGCCGUGUGUCUGUCCCUGUGGGUGUAUGUGCUUGCGUGUGUGAUGCUGUGAGAGUCUCUUGCUCUCUUGCAGAACACUCAGACCAUUCUGCAUGAGUUCAUGGUUAUCAAAGAAGUGAGCAUAUGAAGCCUUUACCCUGAGGGUUCCCUAGACCACAAUUAUUUGGACAUUGGGGGAAAAAAAUCAAUUUUUAAACUUUAUUUUUUAAGCAAACUUCUUUUGUACCUUUCUUACAAUAUCCAUCCCUGGCCUUUCUGUAUUCCAAAUGUUUGUGAUGCUGAGAAAGUGAAGUUCAUUUUAUGUGACCUUCAUGCAUUGUAAUCUACUUUUGGUAGAUAUUUAAGAAUAUUAAACCAUCAUUUAAAUGUGACACAAAAUACAGUUUUAAACACAUAAACAUAACACAUAAAAAUAAAGCAGCUUCCAUUAGAAACACGAGGUAGGCAGGGGCUCUAUUUCACAGAUUUGUUGCGAUUUCUCAGUUAUAAGACAUGAUGUCAUCUGCAUGCCUCCUGGAAUUCUCUAAUGGGAUUGCCAAAGAACAAAUGGAGAAAAAAGCUUUACUUCCUUGCAUUUUUCUACCUUCUACUACCCCUUGUCCACCACCUGCCUUUUUCCUUAAAACCCUCUGGCAUUUCAGAGUUCAAUCAAUAUGCACCCCUUGGUUUCUAGGGAGCUGGGCUUGGCGUGAAAGUCACCCAUCCCCCACGGGUGGCCCAGGGCCUGUUCUGGGAGAAAGCCCCUCACACUGCCUGGGCUCUUGGCCAAGCAGCCUUGGACGAUGAAGUCAGUGAGUGUGGGGAUAAGGGUGAGCUCACUCAGGGCCCCCAGAGGAAGCCCUCCAGCCUCUGCCCUCCCGCCUCUGCCCUCCCCCACCCUUCUGCACAGGGUGGGAGCCCAGGCCUGGCAGCUGUGGCUGCAGCUGUGCUGUUGCUCCCUCCAGGAAUGUGUGACAGGCCCAAAUGUUCCAGGGAGAUAGCCCAGGCGGGCUUAGAGUUGCUAAUUUACUUCUGUGUUUUGCCUCAAUCUAUGCAGUCCCCUUGAAUAACAGUUUCACAUGGGCCAUGUGGGAGGGACCCACCCAGGUCCCAAGCUGGGUGUCCCUGCAGGUGGUGAGAGCAGGGGCCUAGCAGGCCAGUCUGUGAAAUAUGCUUCCUGAAGGUCUGUUUCACUGUGAACACAGUCUCAUGCUGUGCCCUUCAUUUCAUCCAGAGAUAUUAACUAAGAUGACAAUAAAAUCUUUUUCCUUUGUGUAA